AUGGUUAGCUGCGAACCGUAUCAUUCAUAUAAAGUUCCAUUGAAAAAUAAUGGACAGUCGAUUAUCGAACAUAAUCUUGUUACAAUAUAUUUCAGUUUAGAAUGGCCUAAUAAUAUUAAUGAUAAUCCCAAUCUUCUUGUACAUAUUUUUGAUAAAAAAACAGCUCCAAAAACAUGUAAAAUUGAACCAUCGAUGUCAUAUAUUCAACAGAAUCAAUCAUCAUUAUUUGUCAAUUCCAUCAAUCACCAUCAACCACCACAGCAGCAGCUGCACCAAAAUUUUGGAUCAACAUAUCAACAACAAUAUAAUAAUCAUUCAUCAGUUAUUAAUAAUGAUCAGCCAACAAAAACAGGACUUACAAAUGGCGAUCAUAAUGAUGUUUCAUCAACAACAACCACCGUCGUGUUUAGUGGUAUACAACCACAACAAAUAUCAUCCAUAUCUCACCCACCACUUCAACAAGUCAAAACCGAACUUCAAACACAAUUAUCGCCAGUUUAUCAACGUCAACAAACGCCAAGUUCACCAUCAUCAUCGAGUCAACAAUAUUUAUCAUCGCAACAUGUCAUUCAGACACCAUCAUCUAAUAUUGAUACUCAAUCAAAUUUACAGAUGUCACCAAUACCGAAAACUAUUAGUCCCACAUCAUCAACUACAAUUCCAACAAAGCAAACAAUGACUCACGUGAUCGAUCUACAACAAUCUUCAAGUUUAUCUUCGUAUCCAUUAUCGACAGCGUCGACAUUCAAGGCGAUCACUUGCAAUUGCUCAAAAACAAAUAUUGCUCAUGAUAAUAAUUGUCCCGCAUUGGCAUUAAUCAAAUAUCAAUCGAAUACAAAUCUAAAUACUCAAACGAUUAUUUGUCGGCCAUCAAUCAAUCGUUCUAUAGCUCAACGAGCUGCAGUUGCUUCACAAAUACGUGCGAAUCGUGCUAUUUCAAUGGCUCCUACGAAAGAUCCCGGACAGACACCGCCAGCAACAGUAUUACAAUUUUCAAUAUCAAAUACAAAACCAUCGGACUUAGCAUCAAAUAUAUCAAUGAUUACUUCUCAACAACAACAACAAUCAAAUUUUCCGACAAUUAAAAAACCUAUCGUUCGACAACGCAGUAUUGGUUCAACAAAUUCUCGUCAAAAAAAGAAACGUAUUAUCAAACAAGUUAGUUUGCCCAACGGAGCAAAUCAAGAUCAAGCAUCAACAGCAGCAUUUUUUAAUCAAUUCAGUUUAAAUGAUUCCAAACCAGAACAAUCGUCAUUUAUGAUCAAAGAAGAACAUAUAUCUUCAUCGAAUCCAACAAUAAAAUUAGUUUCACCAUUUUCAAUUCAAACAACUGUGAGCAAUACCGACAUUGAUCAAACUAUUGAUGAUGUUAUUAAUGGUAAAGGUGACAUACGACUUGAUGAUUCAUCACCAAUUCAAACAAAACGCGAACAACAUCAACAGCAGCAGCAACAACAACAACAACAACAACCAUCAUCUCAACUUGUUUGGGUUCAAAAUGGAACGGUAACAACAAAAACUUGGUUAUCACCACUUUAUCAUAAACAACAGCAACAACACCAGCAACACCAGCAACAACAACAACAACAACAACAACAACAACAGCAACACCAACAACAACAACAACAACAACAACAACAUCAACAACAACAACAACAACAACAACAACAACAACAACAACAACAACAACAACAACAACAACAACAACAACAACAACAGCAGCAACAACAACAACAACAACAGCAGCAACAGCUACAGCAACAAUCAGUCUAUGAUGCAAUUGGAUCCGCUUUAACUCAUCAAGAUGUUGUGAAUAUUGCGCAACAAGUAAUUUUCCCAACCAAUACCGAACAAAAUCAAAUUCAUAUGGAAUCGCAACCUUUAAUAACGAAUAAUAGUAAAAAACGAAAUCGUUUAAAAUCAACAAAUACGACAACAACAAGACGCAGUCGUAAUCGCAAAAGUAUUCUCGAUAGACCGAAUUCAACAGGCACUAUAGCAUCUUCCCAACAAGAAACUAACGAUAAACCAUCGGUAACUUCGCCUAUAACACCGACACUCAAUUUAAUUAAUAAGCCAAUAUCAUGGUCAAAUAUUCCAACGUCAUUAUCAUUAGGUCCCAUCUCAACUAGAACAAAUAACCCUUCCCUAUUAAAUUCAAAUCACGAUUUACUAUCGUUUGAUAAGAAUGAUUCAUGGCAAACGCAAUGCAUUGAGAAUGUUGAUGCUAUCUUAGAUGAAUUUCAACUUGUUUCUAUUGAUGAACAACGAAUAAAUUCGCAUCAUAAUUUUGAUUUCGAUCUAAGUACUGAUGGAUUCCCAUCGAAAACAACUGAUCAAUUUUGUUCUUCAACACCGCCACCACCAAUGACAAUUGAUAAUCAAAGAUAUGGCUUAUCAUCAACUGAGAAAUUACACAAUGCAUCGAUAAAUAAUUCUCGUUUAGUCUCGGGUGAUGUUGAUGUGUAUGAACAUUUUCUUAAUCCACAUUCUGCAUCGAUUUGGCAAGAAAAUCAAGUAACAUCAUCAGUAUCAACACCACCAGAUUUUCAUAUUAAUAAUUUUCCUAUGCAACAACACCAGCAUCAUCAGCAACAACAACAACAACAACAACAACAACAGCAACAACAACAACAGCAGCAGCAGCAAAUGCAACAACAGUAUUACUCAUCUCAAACAGCUGAGCAACAUUUUGAUUCGUCUAAUUUACAAUCCCAAUCAAGAUUGUUAUUCAAUGUGCAAUCGUAA